AUGGAGAAACUCCAUUCUCUUUGCGUUUUCUUGGCUCUCUUAGUUCAUUGUUUGACACUUUCCUUUGUUGAGGCAGGAGUCACUAAAAUUUCCACAGACAAACAAGCUCUUCUUGCCCUGAAAGCUCGUAUAAGCCAUGAUCCGAGCAAGUUAUUGGGCAUUAAUUGGUCCACAAGUAGCUCUGUUUGUGAAUGGAUUGGCAUCAGGUGUGGUUUCCGUCACCAUAGAGUCACAGCUUUGAAUAUUUCUCACUUGGGUCUUACAGGCACCCUUCCUUCUCAACUCGGAAAUCUAUCUUUUCUUGCUACGAUAGACAUAAAAAACAACAGCUUUUAUGGCUCUCUUCCUGAAGAGUUGACUCAGUUACGUCGACUGAAAUACCUUAGUUUCAGUUAUAAUAGAUUAUCCGGUGAACUCCCUGCAAGCAUUUUUGAUAAUCUUCCCAAUUUGCAGUCGGUUAAUCUACAUGAAAACAUGUUCCAGGGCAAAAUCCCAUCCACUUUAUCAAAAUGCCAAAUUUUGCAGUAUUUAUACUUGUCAUUCAAUUAUUUCACUAGAGCGAUUCCAAAAGAAAUUGGAAACUUGACUCAGCUUAAGUGGGUAUAUCUUGGCAGCAAUAAACUCCAAGGAGAAAUUCCGAAAGAGCUUGGCAAUCUUGCAGAAGUGGAGAUAUUAUCAUUCUCAAAUAAUUCCUUGAUAGGAACUAUUCCUUCGCUUCUCUUCAACCUAUCUUCUUUAAUUUACACGGACUUCUCGAAUAAUAGCUUGAUCGGUAGCCUUCCAGACAACAUGUGUCAAUAUCUUCCUAAUCUUGAAGGUCUUUACGUGUCUCAUAAUCAGCUCACUGGUCCAAUUCCAAACAGUUUGGGGCAAUGUACAAUGCUUCGUUUUGUUUCGUUGGAGAUGAAACAAAUUCAGAGAACAUAUUCCAAGAGAAAUUGGGAACUUGACAUUAAUCAAUUAUCUAUUUCUUGGCUCGAACAAAUUGAAAGGUGGGAUACCAUACGAAAUUGGUAA